AUGUCCGGUGGGGUUGGUCCGCCCAGAGAUAUGGGUAUAGAUAAUGAAGAAGCGCAAGAACCGGCAUUAAUCCACAAAUCCGCCUUAAAACCACCAAUUCCUGGCGAUUUCUUCACUUUCCGGCAGCUUAAUGCCCUCGCUGUGAUCAUCAUCGUCUCCGCCAGCGGUUUGGUAAGAAUUGAAGACCUAGCUUUCGUCAUCUUUUCCAUAAUUUACAUAUAUUUCAUAUCAAAACCUGCAUUUCCGGCGCCACCUCCUUCCAGCGAGAAGCCUCCGGUUUUUCCGAAAAGAACAAGUCAAGUUUUCAUGGAGGGGCAGGCCUCUGCUGGUGGUUUUUCACUGCCUGUUCGGGUUUUCGUACCGGUUUUCUACAAUUCGAGGAGGAUUUUCACUGUGGUGGAGUGGUUGAGGGUUGAAAUCUCCAAGGCGGGAUACGGCGGGGUGCAAAUUGGGAGAGCUCUUGCGGUGGCAAACAUGUUUUAUUGGAGUUUGAAUUUGUUUGGAUUUUUGCUGCCAGUUUUCUCCCGAAGGCUUUCAAAAUAA